GCUGAUCUUUGCUGCAACAUCUGGCCAUGCAGCAAUGUACGUAUGUGAUCUGGGGCGCAGACAAGUUAUCGAGCUGGAUCACAUUGAGAUGCGAACUAGAACUUAUUCGACUGAGGGUUUGGAAUGGGAACGCUUGCUCCGAACACUGCCAGAAUCUGUGAGCAAGACCAUUCAUCAGAGGACUACCCCGCACGGGACAAUAUUCCAGGUUCUGAUGCUCAUGGCCGCGCUGCUGAUCUUGGCCAGCGAGUUUCCCAAGUAUGAGUUUGUGAACUUCGGGGGGAGCAUCCGCUCCAUAGGCUUCGAAGUCAGUCGCUGCCUCUGCCCCGUUGCGGGAAUCCUGAUGCUUAUCUUCAUCCCCAUGUCUCAUGCUUUCAUUGAGAUGACGGAGCGCUUCAAGGAGAAAGGGUACCAGAUUACGCCAAGGGAUAAGGCUAUCUUCUAUGCGAACAAGCUCCAGGAGGACAUGCACACAGGUGCAGGGGCUCUCUCAUUUGCAGUGACGCCAGCCUUGGAAGGCUAUGCUGUUGGCCGCGCCUAUGUGCAGUUCUUUGGGUCAGGGAUUGGCGAGCACUAUGUUGCAUGGAAGGACGCGGAUGCGCCGACCUACAUGUGGCUGGCCUUGCUGAUUGCUCGCACUCUCAUGCUCUUGGGCACGAAUAUAUGCCUGUGGAAUAUGGCCUACGAAUGGUUUUGCGAGCCUACCUCCAGGUGGAUCCGCAAUCCAUAUUACAUCUAUACGACGGAGAAAACCUUGAUCCGUCAGCUGCUGAAUUACAUACUUCUGCUCGGCAUGUCAAUUUGGUUUGUCAACUCUACGCAGUUUGCCAUGCUCAACACAUUCUCUCAACAGUCGCUUCUGGGCGUUGCAAUUCUGGCAACUGCCGCUUCAUGUUGCUAUGCCAUGGCGACUUUCUGGUAUUUGGCGCGCAAGGAAAGGCAGCUCGUGAUCCCAAAUAGUAGAAGCUCUAACCGUGGUUGGUUACGCAAGAUGUGA